AUGUGUCCGGUGUGGUGGUUGCUGCUGGGUCUGGAGGGGAGAGAUGGACCACUGGAGUCAGUGCUGCUGACCAUUGUUCAUCUUCCCAGCCUAAGCGAGCAGACCAUUGUGCUCGAGAACCUGCUGGUCAAAGGGCUGCAGCAGGAGCUGAACCGGCUAUACACACUUUUCUGCUCCCGGAAUCCAGAGUUUGAGGAGAAAGGAGGGAAAGUCUCGAUUGUGUCCCACUCGCUGGGCUGCGUCAUCACCUACGACAUCAUGACUGGCUGGAACCCGGUCAGGCUUUAUGAACAGUUGCUGCAGAAGGAGGAGGAGGAGCUUGAAGACCGGUGGAUGAGCUAUGAGGAGCAACGUUUACUAGAAGAACUUUACAUAACUAAACAACGGUUGAGAGAGAUAGAAGAGAGGUUACAUGGUUUAAAGGCAUCCACCAUAUCAAAACCACCUGUCUUAAAAUUUAAGGUUGAGAAUUUCUUCUGUAUGGGAUCUCCUUUAGCAGUGUUUUUGGCAUUGCGUGGCAUCCGUCCAGGAAACAGCGGUAGUCAAGAUCAUAUUCUGCCCAGAACAAUUUGUAACCGCUUACUAAAUAUUUUUCAUCCAACAGAUCCAGUGGCCUAUAGAUUAGAACCUUUAAUUCUGAAACACUACAGCAACAUUUCGCCUGUCCAGAUCCACUGGUACAACACUGCAAACCCUCUACCUUACGAGCAUAUGAAGCCAAGUUUUCUCAACCCAACGAAAGAACCUACCUCAGUUACUGAUAGCGAAAGCGUUUCAACUGUACCAAGCCCAACUACUUCUCCAGUCAUGGUUCGACGCCACUACGGGGAGUCCAUAACAAACAUAGGCAAAGCGAGUAUAUUAGGAGCUGCAAGCAUUGGGAAGGGCCUCGGCGGGAUGCUUUUUUCAAGAUUUGGUCGAUCUAGUACAACCACCCCACAGACACUCGAGACGGGAAAAGAUGGAGCUGAGGGGGACGACAAGAAGGCCACAACUGUUGGGACGCCGCCUUUCCCACACAGCAGCUCGGGCUUUCUCGAACCCACAGUGGAACUGGAGCACAGGAUCGAUUUUGAGCUCAGGGAAGGUCUCGUGGAGAGCAGAUACUGGUCCGCGGUCACAUCGCACACUGCCUACUGGUCAUCUCUGGAUAUUGCUCUUUUCCUUCUAACCUUCAUGUACAAACACGACCAAGAAGAUCCCGACAAAUCCAAUUUAGACGCUAUUUGAAUUUUUGACUGGGGAUGGGGCGGGAUGGGAAAGGAAAUUUUAAAACAAAUGGCACAAAACUGAUGUUUUACUGUUGAACUGCAGUAUAUAUGGCAUGGA